AUGGAUAAUAAUAUCACUGGUCCUCUACCAAGCUUGAGUGGGUUGGGUUCGUUACAGUUUUUACUUCUUAGUAAUAACCAGUUCUCUUCCAUACCGGCGGAUUUCUUUAACGGGCUUUCAUCGCUUCAAGUUGCUGAGCUAGAUAAGAAUCCCUUUUCAGCAUGGGAGAUUCCGGACAGUCUUCAGAAUGCGACGAGCCUUGCGAAUUUCUCUGCAAAUUCAGCCAACAUUACAAGAAACGGUGGUUCAGAAUGGUUUCGCCCCAAUCGAUACUAUGAUGAAGGAGACGGUGGUGUUUCAUCAGCUGAAAUAGAAAAGAAGCCGGUGAUUCUGCAUCUCUGA